ACCAAUAAUAAAUGGACAAUGUAUACUUCCAGUCAGUGUUUGCUUUGCAAAAUGUAAUGUGAGGGUGAAUGUCUGAUUCGUCAUGGUUACUUGUCUUCUGUUUAUUCUAUUUGGCUGAUACAAAAAUCUGUUGAUUAUGACAAAACUCAAUGAUUUGAUUGGUUUUCAGCUUCUUGUCAUAGAGCUUUAACUAGCUUCAUACUAAAUGAUUUGCGAAGUAUUUUUUAUUUUAAAUCCGCAUGAUCCGAACUCUUUGAAUAUGUUAAAUCGAACAGUAUCAAAUUUAAAUGGUAUUAAAGCUAAAAUGGUUUUUAUGAUUUGGUGACUUAAACUACUAAAAAAGGUUUUUUUUCUUUCCUUUUUUCACAUAAGGACGUUUAUUUUUGAUACCAGAUGCAGUCAAAUAGUAACACAUUGGUGUUGUACUGUCAAGUGCAGAGCCCUCAGUCAAGGGGCACUAUGUUCCACACAAACAGAGUUGGUUUUUGACCUCAAGCUUUGUAUAUCACAAUACAACAAAUCCAGUCACGAAUAUAAUACCAAAUUUGAGAGUUUAGUGUAAUUAUCAGUGAGUUUUAGACCUAAAAAAUGAAUAAGGGUAGUUUAUAGUUGUUUUAAGAAAUUUAAAUGUUGCUUAGUAAUCAUGAUUUGUGCAUGCUUGUUAGUCAUCUGUUAUUUUAUUUUAUGAAAGUUAGAUAGCAUAGUAUAAGGUUUAGUAAAGAUGUUUGGUCCAGGUGUUGGGAUUGGUCUUCGACCUGUAAAGGCAAAGCAACAUACUACAGAAAAACUUCAUGAAAUAAUCACAACUGUUGCAAGGAGUGGAAUCUUCAACGCAUUUAUCAUGUUUAUUAUCGGCAUCAAUGCAGUCGUAAUUGGUCUGGAAACAGUGGAAGAUUUAAAAGUAUCACAAGGCCACCUGUUCGACAUUCUUGAUUACGUUUUUCUUUCUAUCUACACGUGCGAAUUCUUGUUAAAAUUUUACGCUGACAGAAGCGCGUAUUGGAAGAGUGCAUACAAUAUAUUUGAUUUCAUCAUACUGGCGUUGUCUUACAUACAGAUUCUACUAGAUCAGCUCAACGUUGGUGAUAAUAUUUUGAAUGUGCUCAGACUACUGAGAGCGUUGCGAACGUUGCGGACUAUCUCAUUCAUUGAAGGACUUCAAGUAUUAGUGACAGCUCUGAUCGACACGAUCCGAAACUCUGUACUAAACGUUGUCAUUCUAUUGGUGUUACUAAUGCUCUUCUUUGGUGUGGUUGGCUACUACAUAUUUGGAUACGAAGAGACGGGUGAUCAGGCUCGAUGGGGUGAUUUGAGCACUGCUAUGCUGACUCUGUUUACUUUCAUAACGGCGGAUGGUUGGACUGACAUCCAAGAACGAUUAAGCGAGAAAUAUCCAGGAAGCCAAUGGUUUACUGUGGUGUUUAUUUUUCUUGGACACUUCAUCUUUACGAACUUGUUCAUUGGAAUCAUUAUUAUGAAUAUACACGAAGCAACGGAGAGGUUUUUGCAAGCACAAAGACAGGAAAAAGAAGCGCAAUUAAAAUUAAAGAAGGAAUAUCUGUACAAGCGGCAGCAUGAUGAUGUCAAACAAAUGUUAGAAAAACAGAAAACGAGUCAAUACACAAAUUUCGAAGAAAUGACGAAGGGUUUUUACGAGACUUUACGUCAUGAUGAUUACGUCAUUAUGACCGAUGUUUCUGUCAAUCUUUUGUGGAUUGAAACUUAUUUGGACUCUUUAGACCGUAUGGAUGAAUUCUCGUAUAGAGUACAACAAACUAAUAGAAAUCUGUCUCUGAUCUUGGGAGAAAUGGCUGAACGUCAUUUCAAGAAACAGUACGGUCUGCUUCUACCUGAUGAAAUGGAAGACGCCUAUAUACCGUUUCUGCCCAAAUCAAGUAGUAAUCAUUCGCAAUCAGAACCAUCUUCACCAACAAAACACGAAACAAGUAAGGAACAUCAAAGGUCAGCCUCCUGCCCCUCCUCACCUAGAGUAGUCAAAAGAGAGGACAAACAAGCUUUAAGUAUCAGACGCGCUAGUGUCAGUUCAAACGUUGUAACACAACCCCAAGCAGAUUUAUAUACAUAUAUGCCACCGAAGGAACCGAGAGCAUCAUUGGCGAGAGCAUCACCAGACCCCGAAAGGUUAAUUAGCCGUCAAGUUCCGACCAUUUUUGUGGUGGAUGCAGAACCUGAAUCGAGAUUUGUAAAAGAUCGAAGAUUCGUAGAAAGUAUAAUUGAGGAGGAGGAGGAGGAGGAUGGAGAAUAUAAUGAUGAAGGGGGAGGCAUCAGCGAUGAUGAAUAUAAGAACGGUAAUGAUGGUGUAUAGAUAAAAACAAGGGAAAGUAAUUUGGAAAGAAAUCAGAACCGGCUGUCAAGCUGUUCACGAUUGCUAGAAAUGUUCAUAUUUACUGUUGGUUGUUUAUUUUUAAUUUACGCUAGUAACUU